AUGAGAAUGAUAAGGCUUUUGUUAGCCCUUUUGCUGCCAAGCUGCGCCUUCGCAAAGACUGUAACGAUUACUGUACGGGAAAACUUCACACAAUCAUGUCCAAACGUUAAAUCGGACAUCAUUGAUCGCUCGUCGGUGAAAUUUAAUUUCGAAAUGAUUCCCAAUGAAGACGACGAGAACGACGAAGAUGACGAAAGGGAAACGGACCAGGUUAUUCUCACUGAUCUCAAUGGUCAGUCACGAUCAAUAUCAUUUCCUGGAUGCUAUCGUGUCAAACUCUCCUUCAAAAUGAACCGACCCAUCGAAAAUCCGUAUAUCGAAGCGUUUUUACAACUUGGACAAAAUAUACCUUGCCGUUCGGAAGGUCGCACUUUGGUCUCAAACAUCUGUACGAAUAUUACGAAGACAAACUGGUGUCCACAAAGUGGAAAUGAUGAGCUUAGACGUAUGCUAGUCAAUAAAGAAACAUGUCAAUUCUGUCAUGUUUGUGACACCAUCAAAGAGGAAACGCGCAAAGAGACUAGCGAAUGGAAACAGUAUGUGUUUAAUGAGGGUUCGGAAAAAUGCGAUACAAGGGAGGAUCGACAAACACUCCGAUUUAAGAUGUGUGCACCAUCGCGUCGUGAGUUAAAUGAAAAACAUGGCGAUGCUCGCGAUAAAUUGCAAGAAUACUGGAACUAUCUCAAACAGGGUAUCCUGACGGCUGUAGUCCAUGUCAUGGAUCGGUCCGAACUGGAAAAUUCCAAACGCGAUCAGUGCCAGAAAAUGUGUAAUACUUAUACAAAUAAGCGCGGCAUCAGCAACUCAUACCGGAACACUUUGCUAAAGUCGAUCGAGUCACAGUGCACACCAAGAGAUCAGUAUGCCGCAUGUGUUUACCAUACAGUCAAAUUUGACAUUGAUGGAGAUUUCUAAUUUUAUAAGAGCAAUAGUCACUUAUUUAUUGAUUGAAUUGAUACUUAAUGCGAGAUCAUGGUAAAGAUCUGAUCAUAGUGUCUCUAUAUUGUUACGUGCAAUUGCGGUUGAGUAAAUUGUUAUUUGAUG